CAUAACUUAAGCGCAGCAAACCUUUUUCACGUUUCUUUUAUUUGAGUUUUGUUUAAACUAGCAGGUCGAUAACUUGAGUACGGCCUUGCCUCAGAGCGAGGGCCAAACAGACCCAAACCCGCCUCGUGGUCACGGCUGUGUACAAAGGGCUAACUAAGGUUGAUUAACGCUGUUCCAUAUUUUCAUUCAAAAAUGGUUAUUCUUUACCUAGGUGCGCGAUGCAACAAGCCUCUAGGAAUGCAAAACGGCCGCAUUCGCGCGGCACAAAUUACCGCUUCGUCCAGCUGGGACAGGAACCAUGCACCUAACAAUGGCAGGCUUCAUCUGCAUCGUGUCGGCGCGCGAAUGGGGGCCUGGUGCGCACGCCAUAACAACCGUCUUCAAUGGUUUCAGGUGAACUUUGGUCGCCCGACAAGGGUGGUGAAGUUCGCUACUCAAGGACGACAUGACGCCCGUCAGUGGGUGACUCAGUAUUAUUUGACGUUCAGUCAGGAUGGUGCACACUAUGCCGAAUACAAAGAAAACAGCAAUCGAAAGGUAUAUACUACAUACGCAUUUAACAAUUAUUCUACGAGCACGCUAAAUUACUUUCACUUCAGUCCAAGAUUUCUUCUAAGUUGCUUAAACCAUUCUUUUGCAUUCACACAGACUUUUCAAGGAAACCGUGAUCAACUGUCUAUCCAAACCCACCCAAUCAACCCGGCAAUAUACUGUCGGUAUGUUCGGAUCAUACCACGAGGCUGGCGAGCACAUAUUUCCAUGAGACUGGAGUUGUAUGGAAGUCCGUGGAGUAAGUAACUUAAAAAAAAGUAUUUUACAUACUCUUUUCACUAUCUAUUCUGUUGUAGCUAGUGAUCAGCCUAGCAGUGUGCGGCUGGGAACAUAAUGGCGGUCGCUUCUUGGCGUUUUCGAAGUGCUUUUGCAGAGGAUUUAUGCAAAUUUUGAACGACUAGUGGAUUUACACUAAAACAAUCAGAUUAUUCGCUCUCGAUUUCUAUGCGUAAGAGCUUCCUGGGGCUGCGCCCUCGAUAGAAAUCUCGAGCUCAUAAUCUAAUUGUUAAUUACGGGAAGAUUCAUCCCACAUAUGAAAACUUACUAUGUGAAAAAAAUGCCUUCUGUCUCAGCCAAUCAGCAUUCGGUAAUUUGCUCCGUAUGCGAUAAAAAACAAAUUCUGGGAAUUGGCGUAUUUUGUUUCUCAGCGAGUAUGUUGUGUUGUUUUGCUGGAAUCGCCAAAGAUAUCCAGAGGACAGGCGGCUCUUAGACAACGAGACGUGAUGGUGAUUUGGGAAAAAGUGCUUUUGCUUUAAUACUGGUUUUUUUUUUCUUUGUUCCAGAUCGCUGUGACA